AAGGAUUCGCAUGCAGUGCAUCUUAGGAACAUCGAAUCCCGACACCAUGGCAGUUCGUGCUCUUAGCCUAGUGCUCCUGUUUACAUUUGUCACGGUCAUCUUCGGAUUGCCGACUACAGAUUCAGCUGUAAAUACACACAAAGACCACACAUUAUCGACCGAAUUGCUUCCGCCCGCGCCAUCCUCAGUUGAGAAGGACGAAAAGGACGAGAAGGAACGCUAUGCUACAAUCUACAUAGUUAAUUUGUACGCUGUAAAAAAUAUUAGCAGCAACGCAUCGGAGGAAAUGUAUCAAAAUGAAGUGGUAGAAACGUUACCUGACAUAAUAGAACCAUUGGUUUCUGUCAUCCUAGUAGUAGAAGACGAUGAAAACGAAGAGUUAGAAAAUCAUCGACCUGUCGACCUCGACGAAUUUGCGGACGGAUUGCAAGACCAAGGUUUCAAGGUCGACAAGAUCGAUCUCAACAGCAAGACGAAAGUGCUUAAAAUGAAAUUGGAAAAGGCGGAGGCACAGAGUAUGGUAGACGCGGCUUUGAAGGGUGAUCAGAAGAAGUUCCGUCAAAAGAGAUCCUACUGUCUAUCAUGUGGGGGGCAUACAGCAGUAAUACCAGUUGUAGUCGUACCUAUUUCUACAGGAGGUUAUGGUCAUCACCAUCACCAUCAUCAUGGUCAUCAUGGUGGAUAUGGCGGCGGUUGUCGACGUUGCGGUAGCGGCGGACACGGAGGCGGAGGCGGAGGCGGAUACUCCUACGCUCAAGCCUAUGCCAGUAGUGGAGGCUAUGGCUAUGGAGGGAAGAAAUGAGCAUAACAUACAUAAUCACGUAAACGUAUUGCCAUUAAUGAUUUAUGCUGCCUUCAUGUUUAAUACACAUAUACAGUACAAAAAAAAACGUAGAUUUUUCGAAUGUUAUAAAUCACAAAUAAAUUUUCGAAUAUUAACAUAAUAUCCAAAAAUAGCCUUAAAAUAUUGUAACGCGUUUCCUCCUCAUCCGUUUGUACAGACACUUGUAUUGGCGCACGGUGGCCGCGAAUAAAUAACAAAACAGGUUUGGCUCUAACAAAAAUUACGAUUCACUGC